AGUCCCUUCUCUUAAUACAGUCUCGACUUUUGAGUCGCUAUCAAUGGAAGAUCGAAUGUGUCUCAUUAAGAGAAACUUUGCCGAUAUUCUAUUGUUCAGAGCUACAGUUCUAAUCGACAUUCAAACAGAAUCACUUCAAAUACCAAAAACACCCGUCGUUCUACAGCUAAGUGGACUUCGUAGCUUCGCAAGUUCAACUUAUAAUGCCUACAUAAGUUUCAUGAAAAGCCUGAGGCCAAACUGGCGAACCGACACCAAAGCAAAUAUGCUCGUUAUGGCUAUCAUGUUAUUCAAUCCAGACACACCGAAUUUGCAGAAUCCUGACAUUAUUAGGCUCCAUCAAUUCAAUUAUGUUUACCUGUUGAAACGUUACCUUGAAUUCCGGUGCUGUUUAUUUUGUAACUCUCGUUGUGACUUUUAUGAUCUAAUGAUGAAAAUUGGUGAAUUUCAAGAAACGAUCCACAUCCGGGAAAAUAUCAUCGAACUGGCCUUUCAAUUCCGUGAAGCUGUUGGUCCACUUACGAGUGAGAUAUUGGGAUUUUUGUGAGAUCAUUUUGUCGCCAUCUUUUCACUUACGAUUAAUCGUUAAUUAUAUUAGUAAAUAAAAGUCGCUUUCUUUUUGGAAGUGGUCAAUUUAAA